AUGCUCAAAACAGAAAUACAUGAUCAUGGCGAUGCACUUGGUUUAGGUCCAUUGAAAGAUAUUACAAGUGAAUUCCUACAGAGAGAAAUAUCGAUUUUACAGAUAGUUGCAGAAAAUAUGGGUGUAAUUACAUUGAAUGAAUUGGAUUGUCAAUGGAUUGAGCAACUGUCUCUGGCGAGUCUCGAAAAUGAAAACGAUUAUUUCCUAAAACAGAAUUCACCAUUGAAAUUUAAUUUCCUUUAUGUUCAAGCAUAUCUUAUUCGUGCAUAUCUUCUCUAUUGUCGCAUUAACUAUCAAUAUAUCAAAGGAAAAUAUCAGUGUUAUGCUAAACGAAAAAUUCCGAUUACUACAAACGGUGGUGAGAUCGACAACGACAAUAUUAAUACUGAUAUGGAUCCUGAAAGACUAUUAAUUGAUGAGUGGAAUCAUUUGGAUGAAAAAAAUCUCGAUCAACUUCAUAAUGAACUAAAAUUUCUUCAGAGAAUCAUGGAUGUGUUAGAGAACUCUGCUGAAAACUAUUCAUCAAUGAAACUCUCAGCAUUUAUUCGAAACACUAAUUAUGAUCAUCGAUUUACUGAGCAAUUUGAACAAUAUCGUGUCCAGGAUUUCCCUUUGUCACAAAUCAGAAAUGUUUAUCGAUUGUAUGAAAAAUCGAUGAAUCAAUUCCAACAUGCAUUUAUCAACAUAUCUCAUUUAUUUCGUGUUCCUAUUGAUAAGAAACUUAGUGAUGAUCUCAAUCGAAUGUUAGACAGAUCAUUUAUUCUUUUUGAUGAUCCAGCUAUGAAAGACGAACUGCAAGGCAAGAUACGAACAAUAACAGAAUUUCCAGAUGAUUUAAAAAACGUCGAAGAUCUUCUUGCCGGUCAAUGGUCUCAAUAUUUUGUAGAUACUUGUCAACAUUUAUGUAUUGAAAAUGGCAUUUUAGCAUUAUUACCUAGAGAAAUGAAAUGUGAAAAUUAUGUUUCGUUGUGUCUAAAACGUAUUGACUUACAAUCUCGACUACAAGAACGAACCAUUGACAUAGAAGAAAAACCCAAUGAUCUCUGGAGUGCACGACUUGACAUUUCAGAUACAAGUCAAUCAAAUGAAAAUAGUUUUCAAGUAUUCCGAAAUAAGAAUGAUGAUUUCCUGCAGAUGGACGCCAAUGCUAUUCCUUCAGUUGGUCUUUCCUUUCUAUCUACCUUUUCACAUCCAACAGGUCCAAUAGAUUGGCUAGAUAUGUUAGAUAAUGUAAUUGUUGCAACUGAGCCAUCGAAACCGCUUCACUCGUUAUCGCAUAGCAUCAGUUAUAAAUCUUUAUUCCAGUUGAAAAUAUCAUUCGUGUCAUUAUCACCAUCAGUUCUAUUUGAAAAUAGUCGAGCACAAGCAGAAAAGUCAACAUUAAAAACAGCUCGUUUUUCUCUAAUAUUUCUCGAUGAAAAUAGUCAAUUCGAAUAUUUUACGGCAACAGACGCAACAUUGGCAUCAAUUCUCAGUCGUUUUAUUAUUGAUCAAAAAUUAACAUUUACACCACCUGAAAAUUAUUUUACGCAUGGAACACGAAAUCAAUACUUUAAUGCAACAACAACAUGGAAACAGAUUAGUUCAUGGUCGAAAAUACUCAAUGGAAAUGUUGAAACUCCGAUUGAUAACUACAAUUUCUGGAAUGUCGAACAACGAAACCUUAUUGAUGAAGAUCAAACAAUAUCUUCUACACUUGAUCAAGUUGAAUCGACCGAUGUUGAUGUUAUCGGUGAAGAAGAAUUCAUAGAUGUCAUUCUUUCUUACGAUAAGAAUAGUCAAAGAAUUCAUAUUUUUAGAACAUCUCCAGUUUAUAGUCUUAUAAACAAUCCGAAAUAUUUGAAUCACUUAGAUUUAAAAAUACUUCCUCAAGAUUGCAGCCUUGUUCUUGUCAAAGACGAAUCAGAAAAAAAUUUUCUUAGCACUUUAGAUAUCGAGAAUCAAAUCAGUGACUAUGCUUCAAUAACGGACAAAUCGAUCCAUUUUCAAAUCACCAUUCUUGUGCAAAUUAUUCGAUAUGAUGAUUUGACAGAAAUAAAAAUUCCUAUAUCUCAUCGAAAUAUAACCAUAAAAUAA